CUAACAAUCAAACAUUCAAAGCAGGUAUAAAGUAGAAGCAGAUAGAAAGAUAUGGAGAAGUUGAACCGAAUCUGGUAUACCAUAUGAAACCCCGCUGCUCUCCCUGGAGAAGGAGAGCAGCGGAAACCCUACUCUCUCUCUAUCUCGCCUCUGCGUCUCUAAAGCCUCAAUCGUCAGGGUUCCCGUAAGUUAGCCUCCUUUUAUAGGAGAAGUUGGCUAACUUACGAGUUACAAUGAAGCUAACGGGCUAAUACACAUUUGUGACCCGUAUUACACGUUUAAUUAAUAACUACACAAAUACAAGGAUAUUUAAUUAGAUUGGACACCAUAAAAUAAUCCCAACAAUCUCCCCCUUGGUGUUCAAUCGUGUUCAUUCAGCAUUGUAGCGCAGAUAUCUUUGUCUUGUGAACUUCAGUGCAGCUCAGCUUCUUUUGUCUUUGAGCUCAACUUCCAAGAAGGCUUUAUGAAGAAAUCCUCUCAAUCUCCUCUUUGAUGUUUUCUUGGCAGUUUGAUCUGUGAUGCCGGGACUUCUGAGGAAUCCUUUUCUUGUAAUCCUUGCCUUCCAGAAGUUGCUCUUGAUCAGCUUGGAUGAAGUCCGAUGAGGCCUCUAGAAUGAAUGUUCUGAUGAUUAUCAGGGGCGCACGGGAUUCAUCUUCAGAAAUUGAGCUUUUAGGUAUGUCGAGUUUAUCAUUGAGAAGUAUCCUGGAUACAUGCAAGCUUACUGGACCAAACUUUCUUGACUGGGAAAGAAAUGUGCGUUUAGUUCUUAGACAAGAAAAUAUUGAGUAUGUGUUAGACACACCGGUACCCAAGAUUCCUGAUGCCAACUCUCCUGAGUUUGUCACGUUUGACCUGACUGCUCGAGAGAAACACGUCACUGAUGCUAAAACUGUGCAAUGUGUUAUGUUAGCUGCAAUGUCUAUGGAGUUGCAAAGGCAACACGAUAGGAUGAACGCCUUCGAGAUGCUUGAACACUUGAAAAGUCUGUUUGAUUCAGAAAGUCAGAUUCUAGAGUAUGAACUUCUGACAGACAUUUUCAAGUGUAGGCUUCAAGAGGGUGGCAACGUGUCUGAGCACGUCCUCAAAAUGAUUGGCUUAAUUGAAAGAGUUUCUACCAUCGGAAUUAAGUUUGAGGAUCGUGUCUCAGCUGCUAUCAUACUAUAUUCGCUUCCGAGUUCAUUUACUAACUUCAUUGUGAAUUAUAAUUUGAACAAAACGAAAGCGACCAUGCCUGAACUCCAUAACAUGCUCAAGUCUUAUGAAGCCUCA